CGUAAAUUAAGUUCCUUUCCACCAGUUAGGGCAAGUCAACCAAGGUAGAAAAUGGUUGCCUGUAUUCACCUACUGUGAAGAUUUGGAAUCCAAUGACUACAGCUUUGUUUCUCCCAGUGGUUCAGGAUGUAAAUACUGCCUGAUAUUUCCCUGAUGGGCAGUUAAACCAUGAACACACUAAACAAUUUACUUUGGACUGUCCUUCCAAAAGAUGCUUUGGCUUCUCACUUGAAUGCUCACUAAGCAUCUGUAGCUGACAAGGAAAAGAAGAACUGUGAACUGGAAAGUUAUCUUACAAUGAAAAUUACGAGCACGUCUUGCAUCUGUCCAGUCCUAGUGUGUCUCUGUUUUGUGCAGAGGUGUCAUGGAACUGCUCACCACAGCUCCAGCAAGGUGACCCGAAACCAAACCAAACACAUUGAAGGUGAAACCGAAGUCCACCAUCGUCCCAAAAGGGGAUGGGUAUGGAAUCAGUUCUUUGUUUUAGAAGAACACAUGGGACCAGAUCCACAAUAUGUUGGAAAACUACACUCCAAUUCUGACAAAGGCGAUGGGUCUGUCAAGUACAUCCUCACUGGAGAAGGUGCCGGGACUAUAUUUAUCAUCGAUGAUACCACGGGUGACAUCCACUCAACAAAAAGCCUAGACAGAGAGCAAAAGACCCAUUAUGUGCUUCAUGCCCAGGCUAUUGACAGACGGACAAACAAACCUCUUGAACCUGAAUCGGAAUUUAUCAUCAAAGUUCAAGACAUCAAUGACAAUGCGCCAAAAUUCACAGAUGGACCAUACAUCGUUACUGUGCCUGAAAUGUCAGAUAUGGGUACCUCUGUUCUACAGGUGACAGCUACUGAUGCGGAUGAUCCUACCUAUGGCAACAGCGCGCGAGUGGUGUACAGCAUUCUCCAGGGACAGCCCUACUUCUCCGUAGAUCCUAAGACGGGAGUUAUUAGAACUGCCUUACAUAACAUGGACAGAGAAGCCAGAGAACACUAUUCUGUGGUCAUUCAGGCCAAAGACAUGGCUGGACAAGUUGGAGGGCUUUCAGGAUCUACCACAGUCAACAUCACCUUGACUGACGUCAAUGAUAACCCACCGAGGUUUCCUCAGAAGCACUAUCAGCUGUAUGUUCCUGAGUCAGCUCACGUUGAUUCAACAGCUGGGAAAAAAAUCAAGGCAAAUGAUGCAGACACCGGUUCAAACGCUGACAUGACUUACUCCAUCAUAAAUGGUGAUGGUAUUGGGAUAUUCUCCAUCUCCACUGACAAAGAGACCAGAGAAGGGAUCCUUUCCUUAAAUAAGCCACUGAACUAUGAGAAAAAGAAGUCAUAUACCCUCAACAUAGAAGGAGCAAAUACACAUCUUGAUUUUCGCUUUUCUCACUUGGGUCCUUUUAAAGAUGCCACCAUGCUGAAGAUCAUUGUGGGGGAUGUAGAUGAGCCUCCGUUAUUUUCCAUGCCUUCCUAUGUCAUGGAAGUCUAUGAAAAUGCCAAGGUCGGGACCAUUGUUGGCACAGUUUUGGCACAAGAUCCUGAUAGCGCUAACAGCUUAGUAAGAUACUUUAUCAACUACAAUGCUGAAGAUGACAGAUUUUUCAACAUUGAUGCCAACACUGGAACCAUUAAGACAACAAAGGUUCUUGACAGAGAAGAAACCCCAUGGUAUAACAUCACAGUUGCUGCUUCAGAAAAUGACAAUCCUGGUUUGCUGAGCCAUGUCACAGUGGGUAUUAGAGUUCUGGAUGUCAAUGACAAUCCACCCGAACUUGCCAGGGAAUAUGAUAUUGUUGUCUGUGAAAAUUCUAAGCCUGGCCAGGUUAUUCACACCAUCAGUGCCACUGAUAAAGAUGAUUUUGCCAACGGGCCAAGGUUUAACUUCUUUCUUGAUGAACAUCUGCCUAUAAACCCAAACUUCACUCUUAAGGACAAUGAAGAUAACACAGCCAGCAUUCUGACAAGGCGGAGGAGAUUUAGUCGAACUGUUCAGGAUGUGUAUUAUCUGCCCAUUAUGAUCUCUGACGGUGGAAUCCCCUCUCUCAGCAGCAGCAGCACCCUCACCAUCAGGGUUUGUGCAUGCGAGAGAGAUGGGCGCGUGCGGACCUGCCAUGCGGAAGCAUUCCUGUCCUCGGCUGGUUUGAGUACAGGGGCCUUAAUCGCUAUUCUUCUCUGUGUUGUCAUUCUCCUAGCAAUCGUAGUACUUUUUAUCACCCUGAGGCGCAGCAAAAAAGAACCCCUCAUCAUUUCAGAGGAGGAUGUGCGGGAGAAUGUGGUCACCUAUGACGACGAGGGAGGUGGGGAGGAGGACACUGAGGCCUUUGACAUCACGGCUUUGAGGAACCCUUCUGCCGCUGAGGAGCUCAAGUACCGGAGAGACAUCAGACCUGAAGUGAAGCUCACUCCCCGACACCAGACAUUGUCCACCCUGGAAAGUAUAGAUGUCCAGGAAUUUAUUAAGCAAAGACUGGCAGAAGCAGAUCUAGACCCCAGCGUUCCUCCUUAUGACUCUCUUCAGACUUAUGCCUAUGAGGGCCAGAGAUCGGAAGCUGGUUCUAUCAGCUCUUUGGAUUCAGCAACCACACAAUCAGACCAGGAUUAUCAUUACCUUGGAGACUGGGGACCUGAGUUUAAAAAGUUAGCUGAACUCUAUGGAGAAAUAGAAUCUGAAAGAACAACUUAGGGGGUCGAUUCUUGCAACCGUGUAGAAUUUGCUUCCUGAGCAAGUGGAGAUGUAACCUCAGUAAUGACAAGGAAGAAGAUGGAAACAGUACUGUAAACUGAGCAAGCUGUACACAGCUCCUGUAGAAACAAGUGCCCUUUUCAUGAUCGAAACUGGGUUAUUUAAUUGGAAGACAGAAAAAAAAAAAUACAGAGAAAACACUAUUGUUCCUUAUGUAUAUUUUCAAUUGCUCAAUAAAGUCUGUGGUACUGUUUAAUUAAGAAUACCUGAAUAAGCCAAACAAUGAUAUUUGUUUCAAUACUUGCUGAUUUCUUUUUCAAAGGCAAAAUGAAGCAAAAAGGCUCAAAAUCAUGGAUGACUAUGAUUUAUAGGGGUAGUACACUGCAGAGGAAACUCGGGAAGGUAAUCAUGACCUCUUUUGCCACUUUUCUGGGUGGACCCUGGAGACCCACACUUUGUUAUUGUGACAGAUCGUAUUAGCCUUGUCAUGUGUUUAAAUGACAUGAGGUGUUUCUAACAUACAGGGUCACUUAGUCAUGGCCAUGUAUGUACCAUUUCCCUUUGCCCUCCCCACUUACUUUCUCCAUACUAAUUGAUGGAGCAUGGGGAUUUGCUGCCUGCACUAUACUGUAUGCAACUGUGUGCACUCAUGGUGCACUGCUCUGAGCACGGGACUGCUGUCUCUGUCCCAUCUGCCCUCCCCCUUUUAUGUUAAGAGGAA